GAACGACAAACGACAAUACACAAUACCUAUGUAUGUGGUGUGGGGUGUGGUGUAGUGAAAAAUGUGGUAGUUGUAUAUAUUAAAUACCAAUAAUUUAUUAUAUUUUGAAAAUACUCACCAGUAGUGAUAUAUCUUCUCGUUUUGGCUCCUAUGAGUUCUUUCAACUUAUUAAGUAUAUUGUGGCAGCGUUGAAAGUCGUUUCCUUCUGUAGAAAUACGUGAUAUGCCUCUAUCACAACCGUAAUUAUUUAUUUGAUAAUGUAGCAUGACAAUCAUACAGUUUAAACCUUCGCGCGUUAUUUUGUUAUCUGAAAUGAAUUAAUUUUGAUGCUUAAUUUAGAAGUUUCUUGAUGCGGACACCGUAAGCUAUGUGGUAUUUAAUAGUAACUGCAAGAAGCUUGAUAUGGGUGCUCUUAAGCCUUUUCUCUACAUUAUCAAUGUUAUGCGCAUUAUUAAGCCCUUCCUGGAUCAUAGCUUCUUCAGAAACCAUAACAUUUGGGAAUGAAACUGUUACGUAUCAGCCUAGUGUUGGGGUUUAUGCGAAAUGCAGCAAACCGAUAGAUUUCAAUUACCCAGUGUGUACUCUUUUAUCGACAAGAGGUUUUGCUACUGAUUCUCAUAUCUUUCCAAAUGUGUGGAAGGCGGCCAUAGUAUUUUUGGGCUUAGGUUUAACCAUAAUGUCCCUAACGGUGUGUAUGGGACUUUUGAGCUGUUGCUUUCAAAGCAUAUUUAAAAAGAGCAUAUUCACCAUUUCUGGGACUGCCCAAGCUGCUGCCGGUAUAUGUUACAUAAUUGGAGUGAUGUUGCAUCCAAUGGCUUGGGGAAGCAAUAGGGUCCAAAAAUUGUGCGGAAGAGACGCGUCACCAUUCUACAUGUCCGAUUGUUCCAUAGGCAUCGGACUCUGGUUAGCAAUCAUUGGUACAGUUCUAACUUUUAUUUGUGCAUGUCUGUCUUUACCCGCUGAAAAAUCUACCAGCAGCGACAAGGUCCAAGAUAAGAUAUACGAGGGUCAAACUCUUAUUUGUCUUACCUAAGUGCUGUGUUUCGUUGGCGUAUGCUUUAAUACUAUUGAAUAAUGAUGUGUCGUACUCUGAUGGUUGAAAUGUUAACCGUGGAAAGUGUGCAGCGAAA